UCUGCGCAUGCGCAGUCCGUACAGCUGCAGAAAACAACAGUUGUGAACGGUUUGCCCUAUCAUUUCAAGAUGGCGGACCUCCUGGGCUCAAUCUUAAACUCGAUGGAAAAGCCUCCAACAGUCGGCGACAAGGAGAGCCGACGAAAGGCUCGAGAGCAAACAGCAAGACUCAAGAAGAUGGAGGAAGAUGAGAAAAGAAAGAAAGUCGAGUUCAGGAAAAAGAUGGAGAAAGAAGUGUCGGAUUUCAUUCAAGACAGUUUACAACAGAAACGAAAAUACAAUCCCAUGGGGAAGAUUGAAAGGAGUAUAUUGCAUGAUGUUUCAGAAGUGGCUGGUCUGACUUCUUUCUCUUUCGGGGAGGACGAGGAGAGCCGUUAUGUCAUGCUUUUCAAGAAGGAGUUUGCUCCAUCUGAUGAGGAGCUGGAAGCCUAUCGUAAAGGAGAGGAGUGGGAUCCCAAGCUGGCAGAGCAGCGGCGCAAACUAAAAGAACAGGCUGCAUUGGAAGAAACAGCGUCCAGUCAGACAAAGAAAACGGAAACAUGUCCCAAUUCCAACUACAGAGACAAGUACAGUCACCUGAUUGGCACCUCGGCUGCUAAAGAUGCAGCACAUACACUAGAGGCCAACAUGACUUAUGGCUGUGUGCCGACGGCCAACAAGAGGGACACUCGCUCCAUAGAGGAAGCCUUGAAUGAAAUCAGAGCAAAGAAGCGGCAAAAGCAAGAGGACGACUCGGGGGCACACGGCAGCAGUUCUUGAGUGUCCACCAUCUUUCUGUCUACCGUUGUGUGUGUGUGGGUGUGUGGGUGUCUGGGCGCAUUAGUAUGUCUGUGUGCACGUUCUGAUUCAUCCUAUAUUGCAAUAUCUUGUACUUCAGACAUUUAAAAGUAUAACUUAUAUUACAGGCGGGGAUGUCACUCUCUGACUUGGAGCUUGUUUAGUGGAGGCUGCUCAGGUGAGUCUGAGCCAGGAGAUUACUACACGUGGUUAACAUUAGCUCGGGACUUUCUGUCAGUUAUCAAGCUUCUCACAACAUCGGAUCAUAUACAGUUUGAGAAAACUGGUUUUGAUUUAAAAAUGUGUCUGGGUGUUCGGCUACUUAAAACACCUUCGAUAUCUUCAUACUGUCAUUUUGAAAGGACGUUUUUAGCUGUGGUUGACAUGUUUGAUGCAGAUCUGCAUUUACAGUCCUAAGUGACAUUUUUAACAUUAAAGUAUCGACAGAUUUGAGCUGUGGCCCGGCCAGACUACGUGUUGAAAGCAAAGCAUGGCUGAAAAGUCAGUGCUCCAAAUAUCCAGUGCAGCUUUUAAAAGGGAAACAAGAAUGCCGUCUAUUGACCUGCUUUUGGAUUUAAAAGAAAGUUCUUGCUCUCAACCUGUUUCAGAUCUUUGUAAAGUUGGAAGCAUGCCAUUUCCCCCGUCUCAAGGGGAAUCUCAUUUUUAGAAAAUACUGUUAUGUGGGGUUUUAGGAUUUUUUUGAUUUAAGUUAAACAUUUUCUUUGUUUUGAUACAUCUGCACUGACUGUGAAUUACGCUGUUACUCCAAUCUAAAUGUUUUACUAUUAAGCCAGGUGAUACAAUGCUUACAAUAGGCGCCGAAGCAGGAAGCAGGAAGCAGGAAGCAGGAGUACUAGACUGAUUGUAGGAAUAUUGGUCAUGUCUCUUUUUGAUUGUUAUAUCUUCAAGUAUGUUUCUUGGCAUCUUUACGUCUAUUUUAACAUGGUUGCACUGUUUUAUCCCCUCGUGUGUUAAUAAAUGGAGAAGAGAAUUCAA